AUGGCAGCAGCGGAAGAUGAGUUAGUGUUGCCGCGGCUGCCUGAGCUGUUCGAAACCAGCAAGCAGCUUCUGGACGAAGUGGAGGUAGCGACUGAACCCACCGGUUCCCGGAUAGUCCGGGACAAAGUGUUAAAGGGACUGGAACUCCUUGAGAAAGCUGCCGAAAUGAUAUCGCAGCUGGACUUGUUCAGCCAAAAUGAAGACCUGGAAGAGAUUGCUUCUACUGACUUGAAGUACCUGAUGGUGCCAGCAUAUCAAGGAGCUCUCACCAUGAAACAAGUCAACCCCAGCAAGCGUCUAGAUCAUUUGCAGCAGGCUCGAGAACACUUUUUAAACUACUUAACUCAGUGCCAUUAUUAUCGUGGUGCAGAAUUUGAACUACCCAAAAUCAAGAACAACUCUGCUGAAAAUAACACUGCCAGCUCCUCCAUGAAUUAUCUUAGCCUUGUUGCUAUGGCAUCUCAAAGACAGGCUAAGAUAGAGAGAUACAAGCAGAAGAAGGAGGUGGAGCAUAGAUUAUCUACCCUGAAAACUACUGUGGAAAGUGGUGAAGCAGAUGAUGAGCGUGUUCGUGAAUAUUAUCUCCUUCACCUUCAGUGGUGGAUUGGUAUCAGCUUGGAAGAGAUUGAGAGUAUUGAUCAUGAGAUAAAAAUCCUAAGAAAAAAAGACUCCUCAAAAGAGGCAUCAACUUCUCGCUCAUCUCUUCAGGACAGGCCUCCAAUGAAGCCCUUCAUUCUCACUUGGGAUGUGGCCCAAGCCAAGGUGUUUGGAGCUGGUUAUCCAAGUCUGGCAACCAUGACAGUGAAUGACUGGUAUGAACAGCAUCGGAAAUAUGGAGCAUUACCAGAUCAGGGAAUUGCCAAGACAACACCAGCAGAGUUCAAAAAGGCAACUCAACAACAGGAAGAUCAGGAGCCAAAGGAGGAAGAAACUGAUGAGAAAACACUACAAAGAGCCCGGGAGUGGGAUGACUGGAAGGACACGCAUCCUAGGGGUUAUGGCAACCGACAGAACAUGGGUUAAUCUUCCCACAAGACAGGACUAGAGGUGGCUCACAUCCUCCCCUCCAGGGAAAGGUGUACCAUUCUUCCCCUCCUUGGGCUCCUGCUUCAGUUAUGUACCAUGAAGGUAAAGAUGCUUCAUCUUGCUUUGUGUUCAAUAAAGUA